AUGCUACGCGGGAAAGCUUUUAAGCGUCAUCGGAGGCGGCCGCGAGCCCCUCUCGGCGGUGCUGAGUGGAUCCGGAAGCUGGAAGAGGGCGCGCCGUUCCCGCUCACUGGUCCACAUCUCCGGCUGCGGCUGCCCGACAUCUGCCCUCCCUCCUCUGCUGCCGCCUGUAACAGCAGAGCGUGUUGCUGUUCGCAGGCGCUGUACAACCUGCUGGGGGAGACGCUGGUGCGCAUGCGCCACUACGAGCAGGCGGAGCAGUGGUUCCGGGCUGCGCUGCAGGCCGAACCGCAGCACGUGCCGGCACACGUCACCUACGGCAGUCUGCUCGCUAUGAACAGGAGCCGCGCGGCUGAGGCGGAGCGUUGGUUCAGGAGGGCGCUGCAGCUGGCUCCGGAAGACCCCAGCGUCCACCAGCACUUCGGCCAGUUCCUGUCGGGCCAGCAGCGGCACGCGGAGGCGGCUCUGCGCUUCGAGGCGGCGGCCGACCUGCUGCCCUCGCGGCUCGACCUCGCGCUGGCCGCCGCCUCCUCGCUGCGGGUGGCCGGACUCACCGGCCGCGCAGAGCGCUUCUACCGCCGCGCCGUCCAGCUGCGGCCGCAGAGCGCGCGGCACCACCUCAACCUGGGCGCCAUCCUGCACCUGAACGGCCGCUACGACGAGGCAGCCGCCUGCUACCGCGAGGCGCUGCGCCUGCAGCCGGAUGACGCAACCGCGCUCACCAACCUGCAGAAGCUGCGCAGCCUCAUGGCGGCCCGCCGGCCUAGCAAGCUGUGACACCUGCAGCCGCGUGACGUCACGCCGCCCAGAGCACAGCCACUGGCGGCCACCUGAAGACCACCUGCGCCAGCUGGCUGCGGGUCAGCCGCGCCACUUGCAAAGGAGUUCGCGAGACCUGGCAGGUGUCCCAUUUGGCGUCGCUAAGACGACCAACAGUAGGCGCUGCGGGAUUCCCCAGCUGGGAUUCUUGCGAUUAUCAUCACGGUCAACCAGUCGAGUCGUGAUUAUCCCGUCGUUGCCUCGACACCCAUUUUAGUGAGCGCCCUCUUACUGUAAAACAGUUUUCGUGGAUGGCUAACUCUAUCACCUACAAUCGAGACGCUGGAAACUACCAGCAUCGCAAAGUGUUUGUUCCCGAUGUGAACUACCCACUUAGUUAAGCUGACAUUGGUGAUCCGUGAAAUAGAGUCGGUUCUGAUUUAUCUGCCAGUUACAUGUCAGUGUUCGCAUGACGCUGCAGUUCCCUCUAUUUCUUCGUCAACGUGCGGAAUGAGAAAUAUCUCCGAAAUGCUUGGCAAACGUAGAGACUUCGCUCAAACGCCAUGACAUGAGGUCUGUGAGGAGUGAAGUUUCAGCACUAGCUGCUUCAGUUAAGGAAAGACUAAAAUUCGGUGGCAACGAAUAAGUGUCGGAAAUAGACGCUAUGUGCUUGUAAUCAUUCUAAACACUUACCUGGUACUGGGAACCGUUUAAUAUAAAUGAGAUUGUUCAGAAUAAUCUUAAGUAAUGCUCUUCUCAGUACUUGCCCCUGUACUGACUCAUUGUAGGUAUCUAAUUCGAGGACACGUGAGACAUAAGGUCAACAGUCGCUUCUUUUCUAUAAACCAAACACACACACACUGAAGACGACUAACGACUUGCAAUAUACUGGGCCGUUCGAGUUGCUUCUUUUCAAAGGAAAGUACUCUAACUUCUUACUAGUUUACCUGUCAUGAAAAAUAAAACAAACACCAGUAGCAUGUACAGCUCAGUAUUCGCUGUGAUGAGUACUAAUGCUUCAAACUUUGUUAGGAGCAGUAUCGUGUUAACACUAAAAUGCUAUGAAAACAACAGAAUAUGGACUUCCGUUACUAGUUCUGUACGUGUACAUAACUUACGUGUUGGUCAAUUUUCAACAGUGACACUAAUGCGUUCCAUAUUUCGUUUUGAAAUCAUACUGUAACGUUAGCGUACCAACGCUAUAAUCAGAGAGUCUGAGAAAAGUAUUCAAAAACAGAAUUCAAUUGGCAGCUGACUUUGUUAAAAACGUGUCUUCUUAGGUGGGAUCAUGCACAGUAAGCCUUACGAUCAUUGUAUCACGAUAUGGUGAAAGGAUUGCAAAACGUUUCUCUGCACGCGAUUUGUCAACGAAGGUCUACACUGCAAGGCAGAGAAAGGCUCAUGCGGCCAAAAAAAAAAAAAAAACCAUCACACAAUUUGCACUUGUUCUGUGGGAAGGAAUCACUAUUCGUUUCAUUCAACAGAAGCCUUAUGGAGUCCAAGAUAUGCACCUGUAAUAACAAUGAACGUGCUACUUCCUUACUUCACGACGAUUCAAAGAAUUAUGCAUACUACCUUGCAACACUUGCUACUGGUUUCGUAGGUGAACAGUGUGCUUUGAAGCACACCUUAAAAAUGACUCACGUUCCUAAAAGUGUACGUUUGGAUCAAUUAAUGAUCAUCGGUGGGUUCCUGUAACCAGUAUAAUAUCUUUGCGUACAGGAGAACCCCUAUAUAUUCACACAAAUAUAUACGACAAGCUUCGUUAAUUCAUGUCGCGAUAAAUAAUCAACAUGCCACACUGAAAGUUAUUUCUCUUUAAGUGUCAAACAUCUUCGAAAUACAUAUUUAUCUCUAACGACCCAGUUGUGCAUGUUAUAAAGCUCCAAACAAUUAUAGGAUCAAUGCAGUAUGUUUCGAUUAAUAUAUAGGCGAAUAAAUUGUUUCCCACUUAAUACAACUAUCAGAUUCUGCCUGUGUACUGCAGCUUCCUUAUUUAUAAUAUGACAGAGGACUUUUCCUGUGAAUGUACAUAAGGGUAAAUUAUUUGUGACACAAUGCAAUGAAAUGUGAAUAUACAGCUAAAAAGACAACAAAUUAACAUUGUAGUUGAUUUAGUUUGCAUAAAUGCUGAGCUAUCAUCUUCUAACACAGAAAAUUUGAAGGCAAAUUUUCUUAGUGUUUUUUGUCCUAGCUUCCUGCUUCAACGACAGUGACCAUUCGUGACCGAGUCCUUAGCUCAAAAUUGUACAUAGAUCCCAUAAAAUGUUGACUAGCUUUUUCCCCAGGGCCUACCAUCUCCCAUGAAUGAUAGGUAAACGUCGUAACAUGAUACGCUUAAGAGAAAAAUAAAAAUGUAACAUAAAACUUUCAAUUUUUUGAAGAUGAGCUAUUUUUAUAGGACACUGAUUAGAACGAUACACGAUAUUUAUAUCUGAUCUAAGGUAAAGGUUCCUUUAUCCGCUUAAAACAAGAACUUUGUGUUUACUUCAGUUAUUGUGAAAACAGACCCUUUUUCUGCAACAGCUCCCCUAAGACCUGCAUUCUUAAUGUCAGUCAGACAGCGUGCACAAUACAUUCUGAAGACUUUUGCAGAUACUUGUUGUGGGUUUAGAAAACCAGGACUAUAAUGUGCAACUGUUAUGUAGACUAAAGUGCAUUUUUUGACCUGACCAGAGAAUAUGGAUAAAAAAUGUUUGUCUUCAGUUAUUGACUGAUGUUGUUCAAUAUCAUCUUGUUAUUGUUUUAAAAUUAUAAUUUACUUUCUCACUCCAUAGUUUCAAAUGAACUGGAAAUUUUGUGUGAGAACUGAAAAAGAGACAAGGAGGAGAUGCAUCAGUUGCUCUCAAUAUUGUUAAAAAUUGCAGUACAUGACAGUAUAAAUAAAUGACAUAAUUUGUAAUUCUAAAAGUAUUACAUUAGUUUUUUAAACAAUCUAAAAUAUUAGAUUUGCAUGCCUGUGCAUAAUGUACAUUACUUUAUUUACCAUUUAUAUCUUGAAAUGCCCACAAACCUCUUCAUAUUAUUUAUUAAUAGUUUUUUGCCAGAUCCUUAUGUUAAGGUCUUGUCGGCUUUGAUCUUUGUUCAACACAUGGCUUAACUAGUCAAAUAUAUAUAAUGGCACUAUUUUGGUUGGUGGGAAGGAUUGGACAGUAAGGACAAGGUACUUGCCAUAACUGUCAUUUCUACGCAUAUUGCAAGACUGUGUAAUACUCAAAGCUGUUAAUAACAUAAAAUAAUGUAGCUUUUGCACCAAAAUACAUGGUAUAGUGUAAGCGUUAGUGGCAAGUACAUGUGUUCCUGAACUUCAGAAAUACCUCCUGUCCCAUUUGCUUCUACAAAAGAAAGAUGUAACACAGUGUCAUUAGGAGAAGCUUAUUCCAUGAUUUGUUAUUAUACAAAAUAUAAAAUGUCAUUUGGAGGAGUGUUGGGUAUUUUAUUUUUAAGUUUCAUCUUGGGAAAUUAUUGCACAUAUUCAAUGUAAAAUGUAUUUUUCUGGUAGUUUAAGUGAAAUUAUAUAUAAUUUAACUUGCAAACCUGUUAAAAAUCUACUCCAGUUAAUGAUGUUUAACGCAAACUUCACUGGAGUAGUAGUUAGCAAUGUGUUAUAUACAAGGAUUGAACCAUUCUAAUGUCUUGCUAAUUGCAGAAGUUUCAUAUUAAGAAACUUAAUUAAAAUUACUGUCUUCCAACAAGAUAUUGUUAGUAAGGUGUUUCUGUGUUAAUAGAAAAAAAUUGAGAUAUGCUACCCAGCACUCUUUUUCGCUGUA